GCGCUGUGUAUAUAAACAACUUGAAAAGGCUAGAAAAAGUACUCACCUUGUUCUCAUUUCUCAUCUUUCUUCAACAUCAUAAUUGUUGGCCACAAAAGUGAGAGAGGAAAAAAAAACACAAAGAGCAAGGGAAAUGGAAGAGACAAAGUCUAGGUUUAAAAGGAUUUGUGUGUUUUGCGGGAGCAGUUCUGGGAAGAAAGCUAGUUACCAAGAAGCUGCUGUGGAGUUGGGCAAAGAACUGGUGGAGAGAAGGAUUGAUUUGGUCUAUGGAGGUGGAAGCGUGGGGUUAAUGGGUCUUAUUUCUCAGGCAGUUCAUGAUGGUGGGCGCCAUGUUCUAGGUGUCAUUCCAAGGACCUUGAUGCCUAGAGAGAUUACCGGCGUGACCGUCGGAGAAGUGAGAGCUGUAUCGGAUAUGCAUCAAAGGAAAGCCGAAAUGGCACGACAGGCCGAUGCCUUCAUCGCACUCCCCGGUGGCUAUGGCACCCUUGAGGAACUGUUGGAAGUUAUAACUUGGGCUCAACUUGGAAUCCAUCAUAAACCUGUGGGGCUGUUGAAUGUCGAUGGAUUUUAUAAUUCAUUGUUGUGUUUCAUCGACAAGGCGGUUGAUGAAGGUUUUAUUUCACCUAUUGCACGACGCAUUAUCGUGUCUGCCCCAACUGCGAAACAAUUAGUUAGACAAUUAGAGGAAUAUGUACCUCAGCAAGAUGAAAUAACAUCAAAGUUAGUAUGGGAAGAGGUGGAUAUAUUUAGUUACGUGCCGGAAUCCGAAAUUGCCAUCUGAUGUAUCAUUUCGGCUCAAUUAAUAUUAUCUUAAAUUUUGAAGAGUUUUACCUACUAAGUAUGUAUGUAUAUAUAGAGGUAUAUACGGUUGUUAUACCGUAUAAUCAUGUAAGGAGAUCGUACAUGGAGUUUCUCUUUUGGGUGAAAUUUUGGAACAUGGGCAAGACUAGGCGGUGUCACACAAAGAAAAAAAUUGUUAUAUAUAAUAUAAUACAUGUUGGUAGAGAAUAGAUGCAAUGUUCCUUUCCCUUUACCUCUUUGUUAAACUGUGAAGAAAUCAUAAUCCA